ACGUGACGGCCGCUCCAUUGCGGGGAGGGAGCUGAGCUGAGCUGAGCUGAGCUGAGCUGAGCUGCCGCCGCUCCGGCAGAGCACGGCAGAGCCGCAGCCUCGGCGGCGGCGGCGGCGGCAGCAGCGCCUCCGCCCGCAGUGCGUGUGUGUGCGUGUGUGUGAUGAGCGAUCGCCGCGUCCCUCCGCCCGCUGCCGGCUGACACCCACCGCGCGGGGCGCGCCAGGAGCCGCAGGAGCAGCCGAGGAGCCGCGGCCAGCUCGCAGUGACCUUGGCCCAGAGUGCAGCAUCCAAAAGCGGAUCAAAUUUGUGGGACAUGGCACAAGGAAAUAAUUAUGGGCAAAGCAGCAAUGGGGUGGCUGAUGAAUCCCCAAACAUGCUGGUGUACAGAAAGAUGGAAGAUGUCAUAGCCCGCAUGCAAGAUGAGAAAAAUGGGAUUCCUAUUCGGACAGUGAAAAGUUUUCUUUCCAAGAUUCCCAGUGUCUUUUCUGGUUCAGAUAUUGUUCAAUGGUUAACGAAGAACUUAUCGAUAGAAGACCCAGUUGAAGCUCUGCAUUUGGGAACUCUGAUGGCAGCACAUGGCUAUUUCUUCCCAAUCUCAGACCAUGUUCUAACUCUGAAGGAUGAUGGCACCUUUUAUCGAUUCCAGACGCCCUAUUUUUGGCCAUCAAAUUGUUGGGAGCCGGAAAACACAGACUAUGCUGUUUACCUCUGCAAGCGGACAAUGCAAAACAAAGCAAGGCUAGAACUAGCAGACUAUGAAGCUGAGAGUUUGGCCAGGCUACAGCGAGCUUUUGCUCGGAAAUGGGAGUUUAUUUUUAUGCAAGCUGAAGCACAAGCAAAGGUUGACAAGAAGAGAGACAAGAUAGAGAGGAAGAUUCUCGACAGUCAGGAGCGAGCAUUUUGGGAUGUGCACCGUCCGGUGCCUGGCUGUGUAAACACUACUGAAGUGGAUAUAAAAAAAUCUUCAAGAAUGAGAAAUCCACAUAAAACAAGAAAGUCUGUCUAUGGCUUACAAAAUGACAUUCGAAGUCACAGCCCUACGCACACGCCGGUGCCAGAGAGUAAGCCACCCACAGAAGAUGAACUACACCAAGAGAUUAAGCACUGGCAAAUGCAAUUAGACAGACAUAGAUUAAAAAUGUCAAAAGUUGCAGAGAGUCUAUUAGCUUAUACAGAGCAGUAUUUGGAAUAUGAUCCUUUUCUUGUGCCCCCUGAUCCCUCAAACCCUUGGAUAUCAGAUGACACCACUUUCUGGGAGCUGGAGGCAAGCAAAGAGCCAGGACAGCAGAGGGUGAAACGAUGGGGAUUUGGCAUGGAUGAAGCUUUGAAAGACCCUGUGGGAAGAGAGCAGUUUCUGAAAUUCUUGGAGUCAGAAUUCAGUUCAGAAAAUUUAAGGUUCUGGUUAGCAGUAGAAGACCUGAAGAAGAGGCCAAUCCGUGAAGUUCCUGCUCGCGUCCAAGAAAUCUGGCAAGAAUUCCUUGCUCCAGGUGCACCCAGCGCCAUCAACCUAGAUUCAAAAAGUUAUGACAAAACCACUCAGAAUGUGAAGGAACCUGGAAGAUACACAUUUGAAGACGCUCAGGAGCACAUUUACAAACUGAUGAAAAGUGAUUCUUAUCCUCGUUUUAUACGAUCCAGUGCCUACCAGGAGCUGCUACAGGCCAAGAAAAAGGGCAGAAACAUCCCUAUUUUUCCAUGCCAUAAAAACUGUACACCAACACUGAGAACGAGCACUAACCUGUUAUGAAAAGAGGGGAAAUCGCUCACAUCAAAGAGGUUAACCAGUCUAGUGCAGUCCUACUAAAAGGAUCACCUUGUAGCAUGGAAGCAGACUCAAAUCAUUAUACAUACUUUGUAGCUCACUGAUUGCCUGACUCAGAGGACAGUAGAACAAGAUGUUGCAUGAGCAAGGACCUGACUUGUUUUCUUUUGUGUAUACUAAGGCAUUACAGACUCCGAGGGACUCUCUAGCCUUUCGAUGCCUCCAUUUCGAAAACUGUCUGCUCACUUCCUCCUUCAUAUCAAGCUGGAUCUGUGUCUUUUUAUUUUCUGCAAGCUCAAGUACAGUGAAAAAAAAGCUUCUGCUAGGCACAGUUUAUUAAAAAAAUACGUCAAUCAAAAACUGGAAGAAAUGUAAAAAAUGCAUAUAUUAAUAAAUAUACAUAUGGCAUCACAUUUAUUGCACAAUAAAUUAGCACAGAAGGUUUCAUUUCACUGAUGUAUUCACAUUGAGAAAGAAAGCCUGUGUCUUUGUCUGUUGUCUGUAUAUUCUCUGUUAAUGUUUCUUGCAUUUAUUUUUAUACCAUAUUUAAAAAAAAGAACACCUUUUACUCCAGAUGUAUUAAAGUUGAUCCUUUCUCUGUAAAUUUGUGUAUGUUUAUAUUGUUGUUUUAUCUUUCAUUAAAAGAUGCAGAAUCUC